AUGUCCUCCCGAUUUCCCCCUUCGUCCGGGUUCAAUUCCCGUGACCGUUCUCCGCAGCGAUUUGGAGACCGUCGCCCCCCGGUCGGUCCCCGUGGCCCUGACGACGGCCCUGCACCAUUUGGUAGAGAUCCACCGCGUGGUCCUCGGGCUCUUGUCGACUCUCCUAGGGGUGGCCAUUUCGGAGGCCGUGGCAGAGGUUAUGGCCGUGGUGACUUUCGUGACCGUGACAGAGAUCCACGAGAUCGUGACCGAGACCGCGACUUUCGAGACAACCGCGAUGGACCCCCAUUUCGCCGAGAUAUGGACCGUGACUGGGUUCGCCGUGACCGCGAUUUCGACCUUCGCGACAACCGGAUUGGCUUUGGCCGAGGCCGCUCAAGGUCGCCGACGCGUGACUUUAGGGAUAUAAGGGAGCCUCCGACGCGAGACUUUGAUCUAGAGGCCCAGAAGGUCCACCACCAAAUGGUGGUCAUAUACCUCGAGGGGCUAUGCGAGGAGGGCGCGGCCGUGGAGAUUGGGAAGGAGGUCGUGGUCGCGGUCGUCCACCAUUUUUUGAUGAUCGUGACCUUUUCCGCCGCCGCAGUCGAUCCCGAGAACCAUGGCGUGGACGUGAUCGACUCAUGGAUCGUGAUAGAGAUCGAGACUUGGAUCGAGAUCGGAGAUCGAGACCGAGAACCAGACCGCGAUUUGGACCGCCGAGAUCGCUUUGAUCGUCGUGAAGACUGGGACAACCGACGACCUGAUCGAGAAGAUCGUGAUCGCCCGGUGGAAUUCUGGAAACGAGACCGUCCCCCCAGCCGUGCAGAUAGCCGCGCAGCCAGCGGCUCAACUACUUCCUCACACCCUCCUACAGCAUCUGGACCUGGACCAAUCCUAGCAGAUCGCUUGUCUGACCAUUCCCAAGUGGAUUCAGGUCGAAAAUCAGCAAUCAUUGCCAGCGCUGGCGCUCCAGAGACUACACAAGAUACCGUACGGAGCGACUCCAUUGCUGCUCGACCUGGUGUUGUUAGAACAGAUGGUCUGCGACCUGAUGUUAUUCGACCAGAUAUUCCUCGACCGGAAAUUCUUCGAGCAGAUAUUUCUCGACCGGAUGUUCCUCGAGCAGAGAUUUCUCGACCGGAUGUACCUCGAACAGAUAUUUCUCGACCUGGUGCUACUCGCCCAGACGUCUCUCGACCUGGCGCUGCUAGAUCGGAUGCUGUUAAAUCUGAUGUAACUCGGCCUAGUGCUACUCGAUUGGAUGCCGUUAAGAAUGCUGGUCCUAUUCUUCGAAAUUCACCUCCCCCAGCUGCUCCUCAAGUACCCGCAUUUGGCUCUAUGACCACGGGCAUUGCCCCAGAUUCACACCCAAAUAAAGAUACAUACGACCAAGGUGCGGCCCCCGCUUCCACCUUGCCCACAGAGAAGGACAGCAAUGAAGUCCCGCAACGAACAUCAACCCAACCUCCGACGGGGCCCAAGGCAGAAAGAACAGAAAGAACAGAAACAACACAGCCGAUCGAGCCUCGAAACCGCCCAGAAGGUACUCGAGAGACUAGCAAGCACCAAGCAGUGCCUCCUCGGCCUCCAAAACCAUCUACUAAUCUUCCCAAUUCAACACCGCCAACCGCUCCCGCUGCCAUGACUCGACCAGAUCCGUUGUUGGGACCCAACGAACCAUUUGGGCCUGGGAUGUCGAAUUCACUGACUUCUUCUCCUACUUUCGCGCGAAUCCCACCUGCCCCACGCGCAGUAUCCCGCGAGCCCUCUAUGUCACCACGAAUGCAACCAUCUGGCAUUCCAACUGGCCCUCGAGCACUGCAAUGGCAGGCUCAGGCUCCCUCCCCGCGGGGCCGCAAGGGCAGCAAGCAAUGGGUACGACCUGGUUAUGGCCGAACACCUUCUAUUCCCAAUGCACCACCGAAACAAGAACUUGUCGAUGAUCGUGAAGGUGCUUCCCAGGCCAAUGAGACCAAGCGGCAAGAUGAUCGGCCUCCAUCUCCACCUGAUAUCGACGAACCUGAGAGCGGCGAGAUUCUCCCCCAUGAAUCCGCCAAGGAACUGUCUCCUGUCUCUCCAUCCAUGAAGCUGCCAUUCCGACGUAGUUCAUCGGCGGUUGAUAUUCAAAAAGGAGACGUUGUCCAACUCCCUGAGCAGAAUGAGGUUGACAAAACCACCUUGAUACCAGACUUUGAAGGUUCCAGUGACGAGGAAGAUGGCGAGAAUGUUAUCUUUACCAAGGAGUACCUCGAUGAGAGAGAACGGAUGUUUGAAAAGGAUAUGGAGUCGCUUCGAGCAGAACUGCCUCCAUCUCCUCUUGAAGAUCCCGAAAUUGUCGGCCUUUUGCUCAAAAUUCAACUACUUGGCAUGGUGGCCAACGAAGAGAGGGUUCAACAACCAAGCGAAGGACUUGUCGAAGGCGCAUCGGAACAACCGGUGAGCCCCGUGCCUGCAGUAGAGAAGGAAGUGUCAACAGAUCACCCAAGCAGCGACCAAGUGGUUCCUCUUGCUCCUACACUGUCCGACUCCGAACCAGCGCCAGUUACAGAUACUGUGAUUCCACCCUUGGCCUCCAGUGAUGAGGUUACUGUGCACCAUCUUCCUUUCUUACAAACCGGCCCCCCAACACCUAUCUCGGAUAUGAAUGUAUACCAUCAGAACAUUGCUACCCAAGAUCGUCUCAGAGAUACUUUCAGCGCGGAACUUUCCAAGAUUCAAGGGGAAACUUUCAAGAAGAAUGCAAUCCUCCGGGACGAAUAUGUGUCUCACUACAAGCUUUGGCGAAUGGCUAUUUGGGAGCUCGAUCGUAUGAAGGACAAAAAGUUGGAGACCCCUGGACCGUCUUCUCCCCCGGGUUCUACAGGUCCAACUACUCCCGCACCUAUGCCGGAAGGUCGUGAAGGCCGCCGAUACAAGGGAAAUAGUGAGCUUGAUUUCCUCAAUGCUUUAAAGGCCUCCGAAAUCUCCGCUCAAGAAGAGAUUGAACGCCGAAGGAUCAAGAUGGCCACUGCUCGGCCCGACUUGGGCCGUGAAGCUGUCAUUCCGAACAUGCUUGAACCGCGGGAGGUGAAGGCUUCCGUCUAUAAAGACGUGAACAACACUAUUGAGUGCACUCAAGCUUUCGAUGUCUUUGGCUUCGCGCCACCUCCCAAUGACUUCUCACCGGAGGAGCACACGAUCUUUACGGAUGCCUUUAUGGCACACCCAAAACGAUGGGGCAAAAUUGCCGAGUCUUUACCUGGUCGAAAUUUCCAACAGUGUAUUGUCCACUAUUAUCUCACGAAGGAAGAGAUCAAGUAUAAGGCCAAGCUCAACAAACGCUGGAGUAAACGUGGAAAAGGUUCUCGAAAAGGCCCAAGACCGAAGUCCAAUGCUCUCAUCGCCGAUUUAGGUGUGGUGAAACCUGACUUCGUUGGCGAGGACGAGCCACCUGCUGUCACUGAUACUGGCCGCCCACGACGUGCAGCAGCGCCCACCUUCGGUGAUUCUACCGAGGCAGAGGGUGUGCCAAUUGGCCGCCGCGGUCAGCUUGGAAAAGAUGGUGAACCGGUGGAAAGAUCAACCACUCGACGCGGUGGAAGGGGUGGAGGUACUCGUGGUGGACGGCGCGUGAAGAACACCCAAGUUGAGCCGAAAGCACCGGUGGUGGUGCCACAAGGCAAUCCGCCUCAAACAGCACCACAAGCACCUCAUCCCGGAAGUGAAAUGGAGAUGGUUUCGGAGAACGUGUUGGAAGGAUACGAGGCUCGGGAAAGAGAGCGCACUGAAAAAGAAUCCUUGCCGCCAAUGCCACGGGGCAGGGCCGGACGCGGGCGAGCCAAAGAAGGAGUCUAUGUCUUUGAGUCCACUGAAGUUGAAUCUCCUCUGGCAAGUAAACAGCCUGAGACCGGGUAUGGAUCUGCACAACCGACAAGUUACUGGUCUGUACCAGAGCAGCGUGAUUUCCCAGCCUUGCUGGGCCAUUAUGGUCGUGAUUUUGAGGGUAUAUCGGGCUGGAUGAAGACUAAGACAACAGUAAUGGUCAAAAAUUUCUACCAACGCCGUCUCGACUCGGGGCAGAAAGAUUUUGAGUUGAUAGUUACAGAUGCAGAGGAAAAGAAGGCGCGCGGUGAGCCGACAGGGCCGCUUCCUAUCCCAAGUGUUGCUCCCAAACGGCGAUAUGAGGCGACUCCGUCCUCUAUUAUCCCUCGUCCGCUUGCUCCCCAUGGUGACGGUAUGGUUGAGGUUGAAGAUAUACGAUAUCCCUCCAAAGGCAAGCCUGUUGGCCUCUCACCACAACCAAUGCCUCUACAUGCGCGACCUUUGUCCGAGAAAGAGCGGAAUGUCGGUCGUUACCAGCCACUCGCCCAAGCUUCAGCUGCUUCCCCAGUCCCUUCAACCGCGACUCUUAUCGAAGAAUCAACUCGGGCAAUUCGCGCGCAACGAGGGCCAUCCCACCGCAUCCAGGGCCCACCCCUCGGUUACUUUACAGAAGAUAGACGAGAUUCUUCCGUAUUGCCCCAUUCGAGCACCCGUGGGCAAGAAUUGCCAAUGUCUUCACGUCACCCGAGCUCAAUGCCAUCUUUGGAGCCUCUGUCGGCACAGGCCUAUAUGACGGCACAGCAACCGUCGUCUCUCCCCUCAUCCAGCCACUCGCGUCAUCCCAGCCUGGUACAACCACCCAACUCUCCUACCCAGCAGCUUAGACCGGAGCAUGACAUGUCAUCUGUGCACCGCGAUCCAUUCGCCCAACGCCCGUAUUAUCCCCUUGCAGGCCAACCUAUUGGUAUAUCCCAGUCGCCUCGUCCUGGUUUGUCCCCGGUGAAGGAUGCCCCUCAUCCCAGUGCCACUCCUGCCCCUGAUGCAACCCGUCAGAUACCCGCCAAGCGGUCUAACAUCAUGAGUAUUCUAAAUGAUGAACCAGAAGAUCCUCAGCCACGCAAACGAUUUGCCAGCGAGCAGGCUGCAUCUGCAUCUGCUGCGACCACAGGUAUUACAUCAAGGCCGGUAUACCAGACAAGUGGAUCCUCUCGCCAUGAAGACACCGUUAUAUCAGGCAUGUCGCAUAAAUCCUCUGGGUACGCUCAACCAAGCCAAUAUCAACCAUCGUCAUCUCGCAGCUACUCAGAGUAUCCUGGAUAUGGAUCCUCUCAUGGUGGCAGCUCAGGCACAUCGGCGAACAAUGAGUGGAUGGCACGGUUUGACCCACGCGCGCAACAAACUCCACCGCAGCCUCAAGCCCAAUCACUGCCAUCACAGCAACAGCGAACCAGUCGUCAGGGUUCCUAUUCAUCCUAUGCGGCAACACCAAGCCAGUCUUCGAUGCCUCCGACGAAUCUUCCGGCGCCUUCCCCAGCCCCGACUCCCCCGCCAACAAAUCCUACCCAGCGAUCGGCUUAUCCCAAUGUUUUCUCCCAAUCAUCGUCAACCCAGCCGCCUGUGACGUCUGGAUCCCGAGAAAUGACAUCGCAACCCGCAUCCUAUCGACCAGGUUCCCCUGGCCCGCGUUCCAGUAUAACUUACGGUUCUCGACCAGAUCCGCCAACACCAGCACAAUCUUCUGCUAGCCUGUAUGGUAUGCACCCCCGCCAGUCCGCAACUCCAGCGUCGUACUCAGCCGCGCCGCCUACGCCAAAUCCAAUACAACAACACAGCUAUCAGCAACACGUGCAGACAAUGGUCAGUGGAACGCAUCAGCCGCAAUCCCACCGCUCAACACCUGUCAAUUUGGCUGGUGCAUCUUCGCAAUAUGGCCACAAUACUCCUCCUCAGUCCCAGGCUGGUCGGUCAAUGGCAUCGCUGGCGAGCCUUGGGCGUUCAUACACUCCUCCAUCAGCUUUGCACCCUUCCAUCAGUGGGGGUGCUAUGGGUACCUAUGCUUCCACUCAGCCAUCCGUGCCGGGAUCUAUACCGCCACUUCAUCAACGACCUCCCGGAUCGCUGGGGGACACUGUCUCUGCGCCAACACAUCAUCGUGUAUACAGCCAUGGCUCGGCUCAAGGCGGACUGCCGGGGCCGUUACCACCGCCUUCACAACCUCGCUAG